GACCGGAAACUUAUAAAGCAGUAAAGCUGAGUGAUAAAGCCUGACUUUUCAGCAGCAGGUAAGAAAGAGGGUCACAGCAUGGUCAUAGACAAAGGGUGGCUCUUGUCAGUGAUUGCUUACGUGGACGCUCCCUCAGGGAGUGUUGCUGUGGCUCUCUGCCAGAACAGAACUGUUGCUGCAUUUCCUGGAUAGCAUUUACCCGACCACUUCUCUCUUUCGGUUCCUCCUCGCGUAGCGCACAGCCCCGUGCUGGGUGCAGCUUCUCUGAGCAAAUACCCAUGUUCCAGGAUUGAGGUGGUUUUAUUUUGCUGCUCUGGCUGGUGAUGGCUGAUGGCCAGGAGGACCCCGCUGUGUUCACCUCCACUUGCUUGCCCUCAGACUCACGGCUCCUUGCCACGGUGACCAAUGCUUACCUGGGCACACGUGUGUACCGCAACAUCCUCCAUGUCAGUGGGGUGUACAAUGGGGCGGCGGGGGACACGCACCGUGCUGACAUCCCCAGCCCGGUCAAUGUGAGGAUGACAGUGCCCGAUGGGGAUGUGCCUGUUGAGACCUUCACCUUGAACACGCGGACAGGAACCUUCAGCCAUAAGCUCGAGUCAUCCAGUUAUACAGCCACGCACCAGAUCUAUGCUCACCAUUCCCUCGUCCACCUGAUGGCCUUCAGCAUCACCAUCCGGCGAUCAGCUGGCACCAGCCAGCCCAUCACCGUGCAGCUCCAGGCUCCUUUUGUGCCAAAGAGCCAGGACUUGGACCUGCAGCAAGGACCAGACUUCCAGGGAGCACAUUACAUCUACGGGCAGACGCUGGUUCCUGAGGUGGAGGGGGGACCCCAGCCCACCGUGCACAUGCUCUGGACUCCUGUCCCACAAGCUGUCACCUUGCAUGAGGAGGAGCAGGAACGACGCUGGGAGUUCCUGACGGCUGUGGCUGAGAGUGAGGAGGAGGCCAAGAGGAGCUACAGCGAAGGGCUGGCACGCAUGGCCGCUGGCUCCCUGCACUCCUCUCAUACCCGUGCCUGGGCUGCUCUGUGGAGAGGGUGCUGUGUGGACCUGGAAGGCCCACUGCCUUUGAGACAGGCCCUCUAUGGGUGUCUCUAUUACCUGCUGAGUGCCAUCCCCCCCCAAGGUACACCGGGAUUCCACUUUCACGGCAUCAGCCCUGGUGGCUUGUCCAAUGGCACACGGGGCGAGGACUACUGGGGACACGUCUUCUGGGAUCAGGACACCUGGAUAUUCCCAAACAUCCUGCUGUUUUAUCCCGAAGCCGCCCGAGCCAUCUUGGAGUACCGGAUUCGCACUCUGGAAGGAGCUCUACUCAAUGCGCAGGAGCAAGGCUACGAGGGUGCCAAGUUCCCAUGGGAGAGCGCAGCUACUGGCCGGGAGGUCUGUCCUGAGGACAUUUAUGGAGCCCAAGAAAUUCACAUCACCGGGGAUGUUCUGAUGGCCUUUGAGCAGUAUUAUCAUACCACGCAGGACCAGAAGCUGUUCAGGACAGAUGGAGGCUGGGAGCUGGUGAGUGCCGUGGCUCAGUACUGGUGCAGCAGGAUGGUGUGGAGUGAGGAGGAGCGAUGCUAUCACAUCCGAGGUGUCAUGCCCCCAGAUGAGUAUCACUACCAGGUUGAUAACUCUGCUUACACCAACGCCGUGGCACAGCGGAGCUUAAAUUUUGCAGCCAGUGUUGCUAGGGACUUCUUCAUCCCUGUGCCAGAGGAGUGGGUGGAAUGUGCGAAGAAAGUCAAAGUGCCUUUUGAUGCGGUGCGGAAAUAUCACCCUGAGUAUGACGGUUACAGUCCAGGUGAGCCUGUGAAACAAGCUGAUGUUGUCCUGCUGGGCUUCCCUCUGAUGCACCCCAUGCACCCUGAAGUGCGGAGGAAUGACCUGGUGAUGUACGAGCCGGUCACCGAGCUGAGCGGGCCGGCCAUGACCUGGAGCAUGUUUGCGGUGGGCUGGCUGGAGCUGAAGGAGACCCAGAGAGCACAGGGCCUACUGAACAAGUGUUUCAGCAACAUCACUGAGCCCUUCAAGAUCUGGGUGGAGAACUCGGAUGGGUCAGGAGCUGUGAACUUCUUGACAGGAAUGGGCGGAUUCUUGCAGGCUGUCCUCUUUGGUUACACAGGGUUCAGGAUCACAAAGACCAACCUCCGCUUUGACCCUGCAUUUCCCAGUGAUGUCAGCAAGCUGGAAGUCACUGGCGUCUCCUACUUGGGCAGCAAGCUGAAGUUCAGCAUCACCAAGGAGAAGAUGAGGAUUGCAGUGACUAAGUGUCCCCUUCACCCUCCCCUGGAGGCAGUGCUGGAGGAGUCUGGGCAGCGCUUUCCUCUUCAUGAAGGGCAGAGCAUCUCCUUCCCCACAGCAGCUGGAUGCAUCCAGAAGGCCCCCAGCGAAGGACUUUGAACCUCACGGGUCUGGGUUUUGCAUGAUGGGCAUCAAACCCACCCGUCCUGAUGCGCGGACAUCCUGCACCAUCCCCUUCUUGGAUAUGAAUGUGCUGAGGCUGCCAAGGGAACGCCCUGCUCUGUUAAUUGUGAGUGCGAGCAUUGCUUCUGCUGCAGGACUCACAGCACUGGGAAGUGGGAGGAGCACAAACAAAGCCAAGUGCCUGAAAGUGAUUAACUCAGAUGCGUUUCCUAAACAUCCCCCAUUUGUUUAUUCAUGAAAGAUCUCCAUUUCUACAGCAGCCUCCAGAUGCGCAGAGCUCUGUGUUCAGCCCUGGAUGCCCCGCUCCACUCCUCCUGCUCUCAAGUUUUAUAGGGCUUUGGAGGCAGUGUGGACAACAGCAAGGCUGAAGCUGGGUGUUAUUCUGGCCCUGUGGGUUCAGGGCUGCAUUCCCCAGCCUCACGCGUUGGUUCGAGCAAGGGGAAGGAAGGGUGCUCCCUGCUCUGCUCUGUAAGCCAAUUCCAGGAGUUUAUAAAAAGCCCUGUGGCUGCUCA